AUGCAGGUCGCUAUUGUAAUCACCGAUGGGGAGCAAACAACGACCGGUGGAUUUACACCAUUGGACGAAGCAUCCAAAGACAUCAAAGACAAAGGAGUUGUAGUGUACUCUUUGGGUGUAGGGAGUGGCGUCAACUCAGAACAAUUACGGCAGAUUGCUAGUUCUGAUGACAACGUGUUUACGUCUACUGGCUUUGAGGAACUGAUUAAUGUGGUGAAGCCUAUUGUAGAGAAAUCUUGUCCGAUCAAACCAACACCAACGCCUACUCCGAGUAAGAAAUAAGACCCUGUUCGAUUUUGCUAUGCAUAUUUAAGCAAUGGCUGUACUGUUGGUUUGCAACCAGGUUUCAAUGUGGCCAUGUUGUUCGACGAAAAAAUACAGCCUUUUUUUGGCAGAUAUUUACAUAAAGACGGAAUUCAGGUCCCAGCUUCAGCUUGUUCUGGGCGGACAACAUGGUCGCCGUGAAGUCAAUAUAUUUGAGGGGGAGAGAUCCUCUACGAUAAGAGUUUCCAAAGAGCUGUGCGAAGAUGUCGUUGUUACUAUAACUUAGGUGGAUAGUGCAAUCCCUUAGAGAGGUCGUUUCCGAUGUCUGUCUUGUCAAAUUCUCUUGUGUUAUUCGUAAUAUAUACAAAUUCAUUUAAUUGAUGAAGUUUGUUGUAUAGGAUACGUUAUAAAGCUGGAUUGGUAGGAUGACUCGCUGUCUGGUUUUGUAAGGUGUGAACGAGUUUUCUCUUACACUUUUGCCUAAUGUACAGGUGCAGUAUGCCCCAUCCCUAUGGAGACCACCUUCAUUAUCGACUCAUCUGUAUGUGGGAGCGACAGUGACUGGAAUCGCUUAUUGUACUUUGUGCAAACAUUGGUCAGCUUCUUCAAUGUGUCUCCUAGUCCAUCUGGAGGACGUAUUGCUCUCAUUCCAUACGCUACUGACGCUAGCGUUGCUCUAAAAUUCAACACAUUGACUGGAAGCCGACUCAGUGAAGCAGAGGUCAAUAGACAAAUUGGUCUGCUUAAAUGUCAGGGUGGGUUUAGACGAAUUGAUAAAGCAUUGGACCUGGCGGACAAGGAAGUGCUGACUCCCGCCGGUGGAGUGCGAGAUAUCUCAAAG